GAUGACCCAUGAGGCACCUGAAAUGGACGUUGAUGAUGAAUAUUUCUUUCCUAUGGCAGGAGCUGACAAUCGUCAUAGUUAUGCGUCUGGACCAGAAGAUCUAGGAGAAAUCGACGCGGUAUGGAAUCAACAGGAGCAUGAGCAUGUUUCCCAACCCCAGCAUCGUAUUUCAGGCAGAAAACAUUUUUAUAGAACUAAUUCAGAUCCUAGUUUAUCAACUACUGAAAGGGUGCCUGGAAUCCCUCCUUACCCUAAUCCACCGGCAUACAUGCAUGGUUAUGAACCCCCAGCUGUACCGCCUCUGCCGCAAAAGAAUGGACCUAGCAAAUCACACACGGACAUAGCACAUUAUCCGUAUGACAACGAAUUGAGUAGACGUGGUGAACCACUAUACAGCCGGGUGCACGCCAAACAAUAUCAGGUCGUUGAGCAAGCAACACAUAAAAACCAUCAAGAUCCUAAAACCUACAGCUCAACCCCUAGUCUAAGAGAAUAUCGAAAUCAGGCAGUCAUGGAUGAUUAUUUGGCUAAUCAACAAGAUGAUGUCAAGCUGAGAGUUAAAGAAGCAUCCUCCAGAAGGGAGCCCACUUACACUAGGGUGCCAGUACGACAACCAUUGUCACCUGCUACUUCCGGUUACACUUCAGAUGAUCAAAAAUUAAGUAGACGUGAAACUCGUGAUGGAUCUCCCCAAAGUAAGCCACCACCGAAUCGUAUGAACUACGAAAGGAACAGACCAAGGAGCACAGUUGUAAAUCAAGCAUUUCCAAAAUAUCCAGGUCACGAUAGACCAGUAUCGCAUUAUGUUGACCGUCCAAACUUUGAUUGGCUUCAGAAGCAAAAACAGCAGAAAAACUGGGUUUCAGAAGCAGAUAAGCUAGCUAAAGAAGAGAGUCCAUAUGGAAAGCUAAGCGAUUUUCAAUCGGAAGUUAGCCCACCCAGAAGAAACGUGCCAACGCAUUUGGACAAUCCUAUUUACGUUGACGCUAACCAAAUUCGGCGAGCUAAACAUUCUGCAAGACCUGGAAAGGGUAAUCCGUACUCUUCCACAAGCACUUUCCAGAAAAAUGAUAGAAUAAUAGGGAGAUUGAACGCCAAUAAAACAAAUGGAGAAAAGCUCGCCGCCAUUAAAUCAUCUCAAAAUGCAUUUAUUAAGGAUUUUAUUUUGUUUUACUUUUCCCCUGCAUGUAGUCACUUUUCUGAUUAUUCUCGAUUUACAAAUCAACACUCAUACCAUCAAGAUUCGCAGCAAAGAGAAACUCCGCCACCACCACCACCACCUCCCCCCCCUAAACCACCUAUUUCUUCCUCAUCUUCAUUUCAAUCUUAUAAAAAAUUAGUUACUAGCCCCGGUUUUUAUGCUACUUCUUCGUCCAAUGGUGUUCCGCAAGUUCAGCGUGACAGGCUUCAAUCAGAAGAAGGUGAGCACGAGGUAGUUGCAACCGCCUCAGGUGUAUUUGGAUAUGAGGGGGGAAUUUUAGAUUCUCCCGAAUCUGGCGUCUCUAUUGUAAUACCAAAAGGUGCUAUACCGCAUGGAGUGCAACAGAAUAUAUAUUUUAAGGUCUGUAAGGAUAAUUCACUUAUGCCUCCUUUGGACAAGGAAAAGGGAGAAACAUUGCUGAGUCCGUUGGUGAUGUGCGGUCCUCACGGUUUAAAGUUCGAUCAACCUGUAGAGCUUAGAUUACCGCAUUGCGCUUCCGUAAACCCAGAUUCCUGGGCAUUUGCUCUAAAAUCAUCAUCAGACACAACAUCGGGAGAUGGUUCAAAAUGGCAGGACGUACAAUUAGCCGGUUUGGAUGCCCUCUCUCAGGGCGUUGUAGGCAAAAAUUCCGUAUCUGUUCUUGUUGAUCAUUUUUAA